AUGGCCACCAAGAUCUUCAUCACUGCCGGCACCGGCUACGUUGGCGGCUCUGUCCUCGACGCAUUGACUAAGCGUCAUCCUGAAUACGCCAUCACCGCACUCCUGCGCAGCGUCCCCGAGGAUUUCGCAGCCCUUUAUCCCAAUGUCCGUGUCAUCCAGGGAACCUUUGACGAUACGAAGCUCAUCGAGGAUACCGCGGCCGAGAACGACAUCGUCAUCCACGGCGGAAAGCCAAAGCAUCUCCCGAGUCUGACAGCCCAAAUUUCUGGACUCCUCCGCCGUUCCAAGCCCGGACCCGGCUUCUUAAUCCGCCUCGCCGGCACGGGCAUCAUCGCUGACUGGCAGGACGGCCCGUACGCCGUACUCAACCCGAAAGUCUGGUCUGACGUUGACGACAUUGACGUCAUCACCGGACUUCCAGAGACCUGUUUGCACCGCCCAGCUGACAAAAUCUUGCAAGACGCAGCUACUCAGCACGGCGACAGGCUCAAGACGGCCAUCAUCACCCCGUCGGGCAUCUACGGGCCAGGCAAAGGCCCCGGUAAUGUCCGCAGCCUGCUCAUCCCAGAGAUGUGUGAGAACAUCAUUGAGCUGGGCCACGGUUUCUACGCCGAGCAGGGCGCCAACCGCCGGUCCUGGAUCCAUGUGGAUGACGUUGUGAACGUGUACCUCAAGCUUGUGGAGGCUGCUGCCGCGGGUGGAGGAAAUGCAGUCUGGGGCAAAGAGGGAUACUACUUUGCCACCACGCAAGAGCUGUCGCAGCUGGACCUGGCCAAGGCGGCGGGCGAGAUUCUCCACAAGCAUGGCUUAAUUCCUGCUGCCGAGCCCAAGAGCUUGAGCGUCGCAGAUGUGAGAGAAAUGCGCGGUGGUUCGAGCUGGGGGCCUAUGGGGGUUUACACCUGGGCCUGCAAUACGCGUGUGCGUCCUGAUCGUGCAACGUCCCUCUUGGGCUUUACCCCAACCGCACCUAGUGUCCUCGAUACCCUGGAGCAGGAUCUUCUAGAUGCUGUUGAGCAUGUGCAGCGCAACGGGCCAACAUACUGUCCUACUCUUAAAAUAUAA